AUGGCAGCUCCCAACAGCUUCGGGGACCUUGGUCUCGACAUCAUUGGAGUUGGCACUGAGUACCCGCCUCAUUCUUUGGCGCCCAGCUCGAUUGAUUACCUCAGUGAGAAGUAUUAUCCCGAAUCUCCUGCUAUGAAGAAGGUCCUGUCUAUUAACCGAUUCACCGGCAUCGAGCAACGCUCGUCAAUUGGCACUCCAGAACACCCUAUCGUGAACCAGAAAGAGCCACCAUCUAUAGCAGACCUUCAUAAGGUCUUCAUGAGCGAUGGCGUUCCGCUUGCCGUCAGGGCGUCUCAAAAAGCUAUCCAAGAGGCUCGCAUAGACCUUAGCGAAAUCACCCACGUCGUGUCGACGACCUGCACCGACAGCGCCAACCCGGGUUUCGACCAUUACGUUGUUAGAGAUCUAGGAAUAACACACCAGGUCGAAAAGGUUCUCCUGCAUGGUGUUGGCUGUAGCGGAGGCCUGGCGACCCUCAGAACAGCGGCAAACCUGGCUCUAGGCCACAAGGCUCGAGGGAAGCCUGCCAGGAUACUCUGCAUUGCGCUAGAGGUUAGCACGACCUUGGUGCGCAGUGAACUUGACAGCAUCGACAAGACUCAGGAUACGAGGAUAGGUGUGGCGCUCUUCUCGGAUUGCGCCAGCGCGGUGGUGCUAAGCAACGGUAUCGGAGAGCCGACGCAAUCUGUAUACUCCUUGCUAGGCUGGGAACACAAGGUCAUUCCGGAUACUGAAGAUGAUCUAGGCUUCGACGUCGAUCCUGUUGGUUGGAAGGUGGUUCUCUCACCACGAGUCCCGAAAUUCGCCUCGGCUUCGGUGCCCUCGACUUUCGCAGAGCUUCUUGCCUCGGUCCCUCUCCUGGGGCCAUCUUACGAGAAAGCAGAUGAUUUCGACUGGGCAAUGCAUCCCGGAGGUGCCACCAUUCUAUCAGAGGCCGAGAGAUGUAUGGGCAUCACACCGUACCAUAUGCGGGCGAGCUACGACAGAUACAUAAACCACGGAAACUCGAGUUCGGCAACAAUAUUCAGCGUCAUGGACCGGCUGAGGUCCAAAGAUAUGGAUGCCAUUGCCCCAGACGGCCGGGCGCGUGAUUACGUGGUGGGGUGCGCGUUCGGUCCCGGCAUCACGGUGGAGAUGUGCAUGCUGAAGCGGAAUCUGGGGGCCCGGGGCAUUACGGGACUGGAGACGCCGCCGGAAACAGAGAGCGAGGGUAGCAGAAGCGAAGCUGGGGACGAUGGUGGAGCGCACAUGGAGGGGCAGUCGCCUUCGGGACGGGACGGGGAUAUGUCCUUUGUCGCAGAAGCGCUAGAGGACCUGGACCUAGACUGA